AUGCUGUGCCCUCGGCGCCGCCACUCAAGAUCCGCUCAAGAUUCGGUCAGCUGGCUCACGCGCAGCAACUAUUUGUCGUCGUCUACGAGACUGGCGAAGGCCAUGACAAUCACUAAUGUCCAUUGUGGCACCCUGGUCUCCUCGAACGACAGCCUGGGCCAAGUGGCCGAGACGCUUUACCAGGGCAGCUUUGGCCCGCGCCCACUUUGCACAUCACCCGUGCCGCCAUGCAACCCCCCGCGUUUCCGUCAGAUUCGCGUUUCGGCUGUAAUCCAAUGCAGCGCUUCUUGCAUUCCAGCCCUCUCUCUCUUCAGCUCUCGAGACGUCCUGGGCAAACCUUCAGCUCGGCUGCAAUUUGAGCGGGUUGCCUAUCACCAGGCUUCCCCGUCCUUGCUGGCUUUGGGCCGUUUAGUUUCGAAUCGAGCUCUGUUUCAACCUAUUCAUGUCUCGGGGCUGAAAGGAGGUUGA